UGAUUAGGGGGACCACCACUAAGCCGGUGUCAGUACCAGGUUCUUACAGAGCACGUCCUUACUCAAUACUCAUAAUAAACUUUGAAGUUAACCGGGACCUAUAUAACCGAUUCUCUCUCAUUUCCUUCAUUUCUUCCCUUUCUCGUCUAUUGAAUUGUUGAAUCUCUUAUACGUACGUACUCUCUUUCAUUCUUCAUUCCAUUUCUUCCAUCUAACCAUCCACAUCUCAGGUUCAUCGCUUUCAUCAUGUUCGAAGCUCACGUACUGCAUUUGCUUCGGAGAUAUUUGGGCGAAUAUGUACACGGACUCUCUUCGGAGGCCUUGAGAAUAAGUGUUUGGAAGGGUGACGUUGUCCUCAAAGAUUUGAAGCUAAAGUCAGAGGCACUAAAUGCACUAAAACUCCCGCUUACCGUCAAAUCUGGUUUUGUUGGUACCAUCACAUUGAAGGUUCCUUGGAAAAGUUUGGGGAAAGAACCGGUGAUUGUUCUAAUCGAUCGUGUCUUUGUUCUUGCUAAUCCUGCUCCUGAUACUCGAACUGUAAAGGAGGAGGAUAGAGAAAAACUUUUCCAAGACAAGCUUCAGCAGAUUGAGGAAGCAGAGUUGGCAACACUUGAUGCAAUAUCCAAGUCCAAGUUGGGAAGUCCAUCUUCUGGAAAUUCAUGGCUGAGUUCUCUUAUCUCUACAAUUAUUGGAAAUCUCAAGAUAUCUAUAAGCAAUGUGCAUAUCAGAUACGAAGAUUCAAUUAGUAAUCCCGGCCAUCCAUUUUCUUCAGGUGUGACUUUGGCUAAGCUUGCUGCUGUUACAAUGGAUGAACAGGGGAAUGAAACUUUGAUACUAGUGAGAUUGUUUAGAGAUAUGACAUGUGAAGUGUUUAUCAAGCUUGAACUUCCACCACUUUACAAACGGUUUUGUAGGGAUGAGGUAGACUCAACUCAAGUUUUAAAACUAGUAGAUACCAAGGCAAACGUCAGUGCACUGGAGAGGCUAGCUCUUUAUCAUGAUUCUGAUCGACUUCCUUGGGAGAUUGACAAGAGAUGGGGAGGUUCCAGUCCACAUGAUGGAUUGAGAUCUUUAUCAGCACG